UUGCUUUUAGAUAACGUUCCAGGUCAUCCACAAAAUUUGACUCAUCCUAAUGUCAAAAUUAUGUUCAUGCCACCUAAUACCACGUCACUGUUGCAGCCAAUGGAUCAAGGGAUAAUUUACACAUUCAAAAUGUAUUAUAUCCGAAGGUCUUUGCAGUGGAUUUUAAAUUUAACAGAGUCGUCAUCUGUGGAUUUAACAAGCGCUUGGAAGACAAUCAAAGACUGUAUCCAAAUAAUAGCGAAAUCAUUAAAGGAGCUGAAAAAGUCAACAUUAAGUGGAUGCUGGAAUAAAAUAUUGCCGUCUGUGGAUGUGUAAGAAGAAACAGGGGUAGCAUCUGAAGAAAACGGACUUACCGAAAUCUUAGCAAUUGCACACUUAAUCGACGGUGAAGGAUUUAAUGAUAUGGUGGCAGAAGAUUUACAAGAUCUACUGCAGGAAACCGAAUUAGAAGAUUCCGAUUUAAUUCAAAUCAUAUCGGAAAGUCCUAAUAAGCAAAAUUCUGAUAGCAGCGACACUGAAGACGAUAGCGAAACUCAUGAAUUAACGGUUAAGGAUCUUCAAAAGGGAAUGAGUCUAGCCAAAAACUUGGAGUCGUUUUUUUUAAAUGCCGAUCCUUCUGCUGAAAGGCGAUUAAAGUUUAAAAGAGAACUUGAAAAUUGUAUGUUACCAUACAAACAAAUUUAUAAAAAACUGUCAAACAAACAGUCAAAACUAACAGAUUUUUUUAAAAAACAGCCCCAAAUGGAUGCACCUCAAAAGCGCGCACGAUUGACCAUAAGCAGCGAUGAAGAACAGAUUUGAAUAGCAUGAUUGUAUUUUGAUAAAUUUUGAAUUCCUUUAGUUACUUUAUUUUUUUAAGUUUGUUAAUUUUUUUAAUUAUA